ACCAAAGUUUUGACAGGAACCAGUUCCCAAAAUGGGGAAGCGACAUCACCCCAUCCUUGUCAUACCUUCUCCCUCCCUGGUCCCUUGUGAUUCUGUAUUUGGGUUUCAGGUAGGCAAUGGAGGGGAUUUGACGUUAGGGCUGCAAGCCUGGUGACUCAAGCCCAGUGCUUCUUGUGCUGGCAGUAGAGUUGGCCAGAAUGCCAGAGAUGACGGAGAACCAGACUCCUGGCCAUACACCACGAAAGAAGAAAAACAAAGAAUCUCAUAAUGCAGUUGAAAGACAACGUAAAGAGAAGAUCAACGCUGGAAUUAACAGGAUUGGAGACCUUUUACCUUGUUCCCAGGCACUAAAGCAGAGUAAGAACAUGAUCCUAGAGCAGGCGCAUCGCUACAUAACCGACCUGCAGAAACAGAACGACGCCAUGCUUCUUGAAAGAGGAGACCGCAUACAAGCUGAGGAGAUCCGACGGCUCCGGCGACAGCUUGAAGAGCUGCGGAAUGAGAGCGGCCAAUACAUUGAGCUGCUCAAAGCCCACAACAUCAACUUCCUUGACGACCCCACUGUCCACUGGAAGGGCAAGCUGCGCUGUGCAAAAGUCGCCAAAGUAACACCUACUCACCAGCCUCCCAAAAGAAUAAUUGUUUACUCCAACGGGAAUGUGAUAUGCCCUGCAGGGAAGGAACCUUGUCCGGCCUCCAAUUUAGGGAAGCAGCCGGCCGAGGCUGUGAUGGUUCAGUCAUCUUGUGAUGUCGCCGCAAGAAUUAGAGUGAACGGGGCUCUUGGGCAUGUCAGUGCCCCCUCUUCUGCCCCUCCGCUACUCCCUGGGACAACCCUUACCCCCGCGGUGUCCGCACCCGGCAUCAGGCUGCUUGAUCAGUGUUUAGCAGACGCACCAUCAGCCCCAAAACUGCCCCCUUCCGUGUCCUACAUCACCCUCCAGGGUCUUUGCCCUCUCCCCGCUGCCACCGCCGCUUUGCCUCAGCAGCCACAGCCUGCCACCUCAGCCCAGAGUCUCAUCGCCAGUCCGGCCACACAUCUUCCCCUGCAGCCUGUCCCCAGCCUCACGGCCCUUCCCCAGGUUCUAACCACCCAGAAUGCUGCUAUCAGGACUCUAAGCUAUACUACCAUUCCCGGCAACUCAACCCUUCUCAGGGCCAGUGCUGCUGGGAGUACCCAGACCACCUGGACCACUCUACAGCUGGCAGGCAACACUGUGCAACCAGUCUGCAAGUUUCUACCCACCCCGGAGACCAGCGCCGCCGGGCUGCCGGGUAUUCGCCAGCUCUCCGUGAGCCCGGUGGCCGCUAAACCUUCAGUGGAACCCGUUCACAUUCAAAUGAGGCCACAGCUCCAGGCGCCCAUUACUGCCCACAUCCAAGCCCCGCCCCCCGUCCAGAGGGCACCGCUGCUGCAGCCGGCCCUCCUGGCCCAGACCCGGUCAGUCGUGGCCCCCCAGCCCCAGUGUGCUGUCCUCCCUCAGCCUGCUGUGUUAGCCCACUCUGCUAUGGCGUCACAGACGGUGCCCGCUGUACUACAGCAGGCGGCGGUCCUCCCCCAUCCACAGACGGACCUCCUGGCUCAACCCCAACCGGCCGUGGUUCCCCAGCUCCAGCCUCAGGCCGCCGUGCUCCCGCUCCUCCAGACCAUGCAGGUGUUGAAGGUGAGCCCUGCCGGCACGACGGUUGCCGGGGUGACUGCCCCUCAGAGCACCAACAGCCCGAGUGUUGUCAUCCUGCAACAGGCCAACCCCUGUUCAGCCCAGGUCGUCAGGGAAGACCUUCCCAAUCAGAAUCCUUGUCAGCACAUUGUCAUCAUCCAGGCCUCCAAUCAGACUCCCCAUGCGCCACCUCAGAACCCCCAGGUUGGCACGGUGCCCGCUGCGGCACCCGUCGUUCCCACUCAGAUAGUGGUGACUAGCUGCGCGACGUCCACCACAGGGCAACAGAUUGUCGGCGGUAAACAGCUGGUCCACAUUCUGCCCCGUCCCAUCCCUCAGGUCCAGCCUUCUCCAGCCCCCCAGGCCCCACCCGCCUCCCCGGUGCCGACGACCCCUCAGACCAUCACGGUGAACGGGCAGGUGUUUGCCCUGCAGCCCAUGCAGACAUCAGACAAGUUGGGCUCGCAGCGCGGCCAGGGCAGCCUCCAGCUGAUCCAGCCCAGCACCGCCGAGGAGCCCACCACCAACGUUGCCCUACACACCCUGGGGGCCCUCAGCAGCCUCAACCAGAGCAUCUCCCAGGGCGUGCCGUUGUGCCCCUCCACCCAGAGUAACAUCCAGCUGGCUGCGGCCCCUCCAUCCUCCUCCACAGGGCUGCCGCAGGUGCCGUCGGCCUCCAUCACCAUUUCACCAGCUCCACAUGAUUCUCCCGUCAGGCCGACCCAAGUCCCAAGUGUGACCACGUCCAGAACUGGAUCGGCAGUUGCUACGGGGAAGGUCUCACAGAGGCAGCCUGGUGCAGCCUCCGUGCCCAGAGCUAAGAAAGCUACCCCGAAGAGGAGCCCGUUGGUAAAGAAGAAGGCUCCCAAACCAGGGCGGGCUGGUGGUGCCGUGAACACGGCAGCCAAGCCGGUGGCUGUGUCCGUGGACCGACACCGAAAGGCGGACUGCGUCGCUCGGGAAACCCCAUCUUCCUCCGCUGCCGUCACUGUCCAGCCACAGCCUUCUCCUGUCUGUACCACCUCUUACACAACCAGGGGCCGGAGCGGUGAGGUUGUCGCGCUGCCAGGACCCGUCGUGGUCAGUUUUGAUUCUCCGCAAUCCAUGCCGGCCGUUAGUGGCGGUAUCUCCACUGCGGUCUCCGGUGCCAGUCAGACUAGAAGGCUCGUGACCAGUGCCAUUCCCUGUACGUCGGCGGUUGGUACCGACUCCGCGCCGACUCAACCCACCGUCGCCAUUGUAGCUUCCCCAGCGGAUAAGACUGCGGCCGCCGCGACAGUUUGUUCUCAGAGUGAACGACCCGCUGUUACCGGCGACGGUAGCCGUCACCUCAGGUCUACGGUCGUGGAGAACAGACAGCCGCUCUCUGCCGGCACUGUGCCGGGUACUUCCGCUGCCCCUGUUGGCAGUUCUCGACAGGGCAGGUCUACUGUGACCGGUGCCACUACCCGGGAGACUGGUUCUGCGGGUGUGACAUCGGUAGCAGUGUGUGGACCCCCAGUCAGUGCUGUGGGCUUGGUAGAAAGUUCUGUGCAGUCCGCUCAGCUCCCCCCAUCACGGGGUCAGACCGAGCCAGCCGGUAGCCAGGAGACGGACGCUACGACCCAGGGCCGGUCCAAGCAUGGUGCUUCUCCCUCUGGCCCCUCCGCCCUCUCCCCGCCCUCUGCCCCUGUGCCUGCGACCGUGUCGGAAUACAGGAAGCGGGUGGCCUACAACAAACCCUUGGCGCAGCAAGCGACUGUGACCACACCCGCCCUUGCCUGUCUCACCGAGCCAAACGUGACCUCGUUCCCCGGCAGGCAGAAGGACACUCAGAGACCGGGCCAAUCCGGCGGGGCCGCGGAGAAGGGGAGCGCGAGUGCUGACUCUAAUCAGUCUGGACGGGGCUCGGUGGUCCCCCAGCAAGGGUACACCCUGGACCACGAGUCCCUGGAUCGGCCUCCCAGCAGGCAGACGGACUCGCCCAUGUCGGGCGGUGCUGGACGUGGCUUCUCGGUGGCGUCCAUGCUUCCCACGGGCCACAGCGUCAGCAACUCCUCUGGUCCUUUCGGGCCUUUUCCAUUUACCACGGAGCAGACUGAUAUCCUCGCCAUGCUGGAGCAGGACAGUCCCGGGAGGAGGGCGGGGGGCUGCCCCCUGGACAACCCCAGCUCAACAAACACCCCAACAUGGGAGCCCAGCCUGAACCCCAAGUCCCUGCAGGCCUCCGACAGCAAAGAGAGGAGUGUGGUUCAGCAGGCGAAGCUCACCAAGCCGAUGGAGACCCCGGCGUCAAAGUCCCAGUCUGCCAGGGGCCCAGUUGGGGAGGCCGCAGGCCCCGGGGCCAGCGCGGCCCGUCAUCCGCAGAACAUCUCCUAUUCCCAGUCCCACUCACACUCCCAGGCACAAACCCAGAGUCAGGCCCAGUCUGGGACCGUGGGCACCCUCAGCGUCAACAACCUGAUCCGACCAAGCUCCCGCCAGCAGCAGGCCUACCCGGGCUCCCCCAGCCUGGCGGGGCAGCAGGCGUCAGUCCCCUCCCCUGCUGGGAACGGCGCCCACGUCUCCCAGCCCUCCACCCCUGGCCUCCCUCCCUGCUCGGCCUCCGUCCAGCUGAAUGAGUACGCCCCCGUGAAGAGUGGCCUGAUGAGGGCCCAGGUCGGCGUGGGUGAGCCGCGCCUUGUCAAGGAUGUGUCCAAGCGGCCGGCACAGGACGACCCGAUGCUGUCCGGCGGUAAUAAGCGUCAGAAGUCAUGCCCGUCGACCUCCACCGUGGGCCGUGUGGAGGUCAAACCCCAGGACCACGGCCAGAUGAUGGCCCCCCAGGUUGCCCCCGUCUCCUCGGCUAUUAUGACCCGGGUCAACCCUGAUACAGUCGGCACCCUUUUCUCUGGUAACACCUUUAUGAACACAGUGCUCCGCCCCCCCGAGGGCCACUGCACCCCUCAGCUGCCCCAACAGGAGCACAACCAACCGGGCGUUCUCCACCUGCCCCAGGGCCACACCCAGCACGGUGCGCCCCAGCCAGUGCAACACCUCGGGGGUAACCCCUACCUGAAACAACAACAGCAACAACAGCAGCAGCAACAGCAGCAGCAGCAACAACAGCAGCAGCAGCAGGAGCUACAGAGGCACCACCUGUACCAGCUCCAGCACCACCUGACCCAGCCUGACCCCGUGCAGCUCCACAGCCUCCACCAGAGGGCGCUGCAGCAGGACCAAAGGACUCUACAGCAGGAGCAGCACGUCCAGAAGAAGAGGGGGCUUGUUCGAGGGGGACAGGGUGGUCUGCCUGUGGGCCUGCAGCAGAAACAGCACCACCUGGAGAAGGGUGGAGUUCAACAGCAGCAAACGCACCAACAGCAACAUCAACAGUCCCACCAACAACAACAACAACACUCGCAGCAGCAACAGUCUCAACAGCACCAACAGCAGAACCACCAACAGCAACAGUCACAGCAUCAACAGCCUCAUCAGCAACACCAACAGCAAACACAUCAACAACAACAACAACAACAAACACAUCAUCAACAACAACAGCAACAACAAACACAUCAACAACAGCAGCCGCAGCAACAGAUCCAACAGCAGAGCUCCCACUCCCGGCACCAGCACCUCCAGCAGCAAAUCCAGCAGCAACACUUUGGGUCGCGGCACCAAGAGAAGAUCUGCGAGGUCCAGCCGGGAUCAGCCGGGCCAAGAGUUCAUCACGGCAGCCACCUGGCCCAACAAGAACACCUCAAGGUUCCCUCCCUCCAGCCAGGUCAGGACCAUGGCUCCAUGCAGAGGCUCAUGAGCACCAGGAACCUGGAGCAGCAGCUGACCUCCCAGCCCACCAACCCUGCCUCCAGGCCCUCCGACCUGGGCUGUGCCCCCUCGCGGCAGGAGCGCCACCGGGUGUCCAGCUACUCUGCAGAGGCCCUCAUUGGGAAGAGCUCCUCUAGUGGCGAGCAGCAGCAACAGCAACAACAGCAGCAGCAGCGCAUGGGGCUCCAUCUGCAGGGCACCCGUGGUACUUCCCAGGAGCAGGCGGACCUGCGGGGCUACCUGGACCCAUCCAGGGUGAAGGCCAGCAUUUCACAUAACGCUCAGGUCCGGCUGCCCCUCGACCACCCUGCAGACGUCCAGAGGGUCUCGGAGUGUCCUCCGUUUAAGACCCUGGCCGGCGCUGGAGGCGGGCAUCAGCUUGGAGGCUUCGAGGUCCAGGUGUCCCGUGGUGGUGACAUGACUUCCAAAUCGGGUCCCUCGUCCCAGAAAGGCCCCCAGGGGCAGCAGGGGGGGUUCAGGAUGGGUCUAGGACCUGCGGGCGACGGGCGAACCCGCGGGGGGUACAGUGGACCACAUCCAGGGUCACAGGGUGGUGUGCAGAUUGGUGCUUCGGGGCUUCCCCGGGACCAGGAGGGCUGUCCCCAGAGCUUCAUGCAGAGUCUUCUGGAGCAGACCGGCCACCAGAGGGCAGGGCAGUGCUGUCCUCCGGUCAGUAUGGAGUACAGCUGUGGGACUGGUGGUGCCACAGGGGACAUGCAGUCUAAAGCCUCCAGCCCCAGUGUUGCUUCCACACAGAAGGCCCCGGCCAUGAGGCUUGGAGAGGGCAUUAAGGGCCACCUUGCUCAGGGUGGGGGCAACAUGGGCUCUCAUCCCGGGGUACGGACAGGGCUUGCGCACCCUCUCACGCCCCACAGCAACUCUGAACCAUGCCGUACCCCGGCCCCUUCGAGAGCUCCCACCGCUGUCAACCAGCGCUCCCGACACGUCGCCCAGGAGGGCCAGAGCGGGAAGCCGAGACCAGGGGAUCGACCGCGGUCCGGGGCCCUCAGACCCGGUAACCCGUUUGAAGCCGAAGUCCACCUUCUGGGUCGACCGCAGCCAGGGGGCGAGGCGCGGCGUGGCAGUAUCGUCCGCUUUAUGGCAGACAGUGCUCAGGUUGCCGGGGACAACAACCUAGUUCCGGACCAACACCUGGCCCAGAACUUUGGCUUCCCCUUCAUCCCAGAGGGAGGGAUGAACCCCCCUCCUAUCAAUGCAAACUCCACAUUCAUCCCCCCGGUCAGCCAGCCCAACUCCUCCCGCACCUCCACCCUGCUGCCCGGAGACCCGCAGAACACCCUGCCCUCCUUCUACCCCUCCUACUCCCCUGCCGCCCACCCCAGCCUGGCCAGCGACAUCCCCCUGCAGUACUUCUCCAACCAGAUGUUCACCAGCCCCAGCGCCGAUAAGGGCAGCUCCGCCCCCCUCAACAACCGCUUUGGCUCCAUCCUUUCUCCCCCGCGGCCAGUGGGCUUCGCCCAGGCCAGCUUCCCCCUACUGUCAGACAUGCCCCCCAUGCCGAUCGCCAACUCCUCCGGCAUCACGCCGCACCUGUCCAACUUCAGCCUCACCUCGCUGUUCCCCGAGAUCGCCACGGCAAUGCCGCCCGACAGUUCCGCCAUGCCAAUGUCCCCCUUGCUGUCCCUCUCUAACACGUCAUCUGCAGACUCAGGCAAGCAGCCCAACCGCCCCGCCCACAACAUCAGCCACAUCCUCGGACACGCCGGGAGUUCUGCUGUGUAGGUGGGGGGGUGGGCUCGAGGUGAUGUUGUCAUGCCGAUGUGACAGCCAGGAAUGUUUGGUUUCCAUCUCAAAGGACACCACGUUGAAUUAUGUCGUGUGGAGAAACGGAAUGGCCAAUGGGAUUGACUGGUGUUUUGACUGACAGUUUUUGGAUGAAAGAGUUAUGUUGUUGUUCAUGGAUAUUGAACAGUUAUGUUCUGUGGUGCUCUGCUUGACUGCCUGGCAGUUCAAUUGAUACUGUAAAAUGACAUCUGAUGUCAUUGUAUUACCAUGAGCAGUCUCUACUAUGUUGAACAACUGUAACAUUUUGUAAGAUUCAUGGAUAUUCCCAAAAGUCCAUAUGAAAGAUUCUUGGAAUCCAAAUAAGCAGAAAAAUGCUGUUAAGACAGUUUUAUAUUUUCACUGACUGUUUUAUGAAACUGGUUUAGAUUUCAUUGAAAAAUCUGCACAAAAUUUUAAUUUUUAAUUUUAACAUGUAAAUGUAAUAAGUUAUAUUCAGGAUGGUCUGUACAGAACCCAUUUGAUUAGAGCUCAUUUGUAAAUAUGUUUCUUAUAAUAGUUGUCAGUGUAUGUAUCUGUACAUAAAUAAAGCUAAAGUUUUUUUUAUUAA